AAUAUAUAUAUUUUCUAAAAGACGAAGAAGAAGCAAAAUUCAAGGCGUUGGAGUUAGUAGGCGAAAGUUUGGUGACCUAACUUCGUUUUAGUUUCAUUUUGUGAAAUACAAGCAGAAAUCCAAGUAGCAGAAAUGGAGAUGGAGGACAAAUCCAGCCUGCUGCUCUCCUUCCACACUGAACCCAAACAAGAGUCACUGGAUUCUGAUUGUGACAGUAAAGCUCAGUGUUCAUUGGUGGAUUCAGAGAUGACAUCAGUAAAGCUAGAAGACAAAAGUCAAAUACUGGGACUGAAUAUUAAAAUAAAAAAUGAAAAGGAAGAGGAGGAAGACAAGAAUUUGGGGGGUUUCAUUAGUCAAGAUGUGAUGGCUGAAGGUUAUACAUUUCCUACAGCUAGAGAGAAACAACAGGAAGACUGCAAAGAUAUGAAGUCUCACCCCUGCCCCCGUUGUAGAACAUGUUUACUAAAUGAAUCAGAUUUAAAAAGACACAUUAACAUAUGUACACAAGAGAAGCCUUACUUCUGUUCUGACUGUGGGAAGGGUUUCUCUUUAUUAGGUAACCUUAAAAUUCACCAACGCAUACAUACUGGAGAGAAACCUUAUUCAUGUUCUGACUGUGGAAAGACUUUUACUCAAUUAGGUCAGCUUAAAUGUCACCAGAACAUACACACUGGAGAGAAACCUUUUUGUUGUUCUGACUGUGGGAAGACUUUUUCUUUGUUAGGUCGCCUUAAAAGGCACCAGUACAUACACACCAGAGAAAAACCUUUUUGUUGUUCUGACUGUGGGAAGACUUUUUCUCAGUUAGGUCUGCUUAAAAGGCACCAACACAAACACACUGGAGAUGCACUGUACUCUUGUUCUGACUGUGGGAAAGGUUACCCUACAUCAUCUGAAUUUACUAGGCAUAAGAGAGUGCACACGGGAGAGAAGCCUUAUUCCUGUUCUGAAUGCGGGAAGAGUUUUUCUCACUUAGGUCUGCUUAAAAGGCACCAGCACACACACAGUGUAGAUAAACCUUACUCUUGUUCUGACUGUGGGAAAGGUUUCAUUACAUCAUCUAACCUUACUAGCCAUAGGAGAGUGCACACGGGAGAGAAACCUUAUUCCUGUUCUGACUGCGGGAAGAGUUUUUCUCAUUUAGGUCUGCUUAAAAGGCACCAGCACAAACACACUGGAGAUAAACCAUACUCUUGUUCUGACUGUGGGAAAGGUUUUCUUACAUCAUUUGAACUUAAAAGCCAUAAAGGUGUACACAGCACGUAUGGAUGUCCCAUCCUGGAUAAGCUGUACUACCUGUGCAACCUGAUUGGGCAGAUGGAGGACAAAUCCAGCCUGCUGUUCUCCUUCCACACUGAGAUCAAACAAGAACCAGUAGAUGCUGAUUGUGACAGUGGAGCUCAGUGUUCAUUGGUGGAUUCAGAGAUGACAUCAGUGAAGCUGGAAGACAAAAGUCAAAUACUGGGACUGAAUAUAAUCUUUAAAGAUGAAGAGCAGGAGGAGAAGAAUUUUGGGGAUUUAAUUAGUCAAGAUGGGAUUGCUGAAGUUGAUACAUUUCCUACAUCUGGAGAGAAACAACAAGAAGACUGCAAAGAUGAGAAGCCUCCCCCCUGCACCCAUUGUGGGAAAUGUUUCCUAAAUGAAUCAGAUCUAAAAAGACACAUUAACAUAUGUACAAGAGAGAAGUCUUACUCCUGUUCUGACUGUGGGAAGAGUUUCUCUCAUUUGUGUUACCUUAAGGCUCACCAGCGCAAACAUACAGGAGAGAAGCCUUUCUCCUGUUCUGACUGUGGGAAGGGUUUCUCCAUAUUAAGUAAUCUCAACGUUCACCAACGCAUUCACACUGGAGAGAAACCUUAUUCCUGUUCUGAAUGUGGGAAGAGUUUUUCUCAGUUAGCUAAGCUUAAAAGGCACCAGCGCAUACACACUGGAGAUAAACCAUAUCUUUGUUCUGAAUGUGGGAAAGGAUUCAUUACAUCAUCUGAACUUACAAUCCAUAAGAGAGUACACACAGGAGAGAAGCCAUACUCCUGUUAUGAAUGCGGGAUGAGUUUUUCACAAUUAAGUUAUCUUAAAAGGCACCAGCGCACACACGCUAGAGAUAAAACUUACUGCUGUUCUGACUGCGGGAAGAGUUUUUCUCAGUUAGCUAAGCUUAAAAGGCACCAGCGCAUACACACUGGAGAUAAACCAUAUCCUUGUUCUGAAUGUGGAAAAGGUUUCAUUACAUCAUCUGAACUUACUAUCCAUAAGAGAGUACACACAGGAGAGAAGCCUUACCUCUGUUCUGAUUGUUGGAAGAGUUUCUCUUGGUUAGGUAGCCUUAAAAUUCACAUGCACACGCACACCAGAGAGAAACCCUAUUGCUGUUCUGACUGCGGGAAGAGUUUUUCUCAGUUAGCUAAGCUUAAAAAGCACCAGCGCAUACACACUUCUGAUCAACCUUGCUCCUGACUGUGGGAAAGGUAUCAUCACAUUACAAGCCAUAAGAGAGUGCACACGAGAGAAGCCUUGUUCUGACUGUGGGUAGAGUUCCAAUCAUCCAGUUUCCCCCAAAAUACACUACUCAAAAAGAUAACGGAACACUUAAUUCACACAUCAGGUCUUGACGAACUAAAUAUAUUAAAGAUCAAGAUCUUUACUGUAAAUUGUGUAAUUAAAAGCAACAUGACUUAUCAAUGGUCAAUGGAAACCAAAAUCUUCAACCAAUUCAGGGCUUUAAACACACCGAUUAUCAAAGGAAACUAUUGAAAUUACAGGCUGUCCAACUUGCCUGAAUUUCAUCACGGCAACUCAUAAUGUGACUCAGCAGUGUGUAUGGCCCCACAUGCCUGUAUGCACUGCCGAUGAAG